AUGCCGUUCCAAUCCCGAGCCCAAGCCCUCGUCAACGCGCAAACCGGCGCCGACGCCCGCCUAUCCCGGCACACCGCCACGACCUCUUCUUCUUCUUCUUCCUCCUCGCCCGCCGUCCCCAACAUUGAAGUCCUCAUCGCCCACGUAGAACAGCACGGCUACGUAAUCAUUCCCUCCGCCUUCUCCGCCCCCGAGGUAGACGAAGCCCACGCCGAGGUCGUCCGCCUGGCAUCCUCGCCCGAGACAGCUGGGCCGGCGGGUGGGUUCUCCGCCCAUGCCAAUGACAAGGACAGCACCACCACAGGCGGCAGAAACAGCUUCGAAGGCUUCAACACCCACCGCAUCUACGCCCUCCUCAACAAGUCCCGCGUCUUCCACAAGUUCCCCACCCACCCGGCCCUCCUCGCGCUCAACAACCACUUCCUCGACCCGGGCUUCCUCCUCAACGCCUUUCACAGCGUCUACAUCCAGCCCGGCGAGGUUCCGCAGGCGCUGCACCACGACGACGGCUACGUCGGGGUACCGAGGCCCCAUCGGCCCUUUGGGACGGGCGUAAUGGUCGCCCUCGACGACUUCACCCCCACAAACGGCGCGACCGUCAUCAUCCCAGGCUCCCACACCUGGGGCCCCGACACCGACACCGUCCACCUCCCCCAGCGCAAAGACGCCAUCCCCGUCGUCAUGGACAAGGGCAGCGCCGUCUUCUUCCUCGGCACCCUCUGGCACGGCGGCGGGGAAAACACCUCGCUCGAGCCCCGGAGGGCGCUGACGAUCCAGUACUGCCAGCCCUGGAUGCGGCCCUCGAGAACCAAAUCCUCGCCGUCGAGUGGGACAAGCUGA